GAAAAGAGCCCCACAUGGCCACGUAUGCUUCGAUGUUUCGCAGUUUCAUGGCCCUGGUUUCAUGGGGCUCCGCGGAGCCCUGGAUCUUGCAAGAGUUGAGCAAAUGGCAUUUGGAAGAUUUUGACUGUGUGCAGCACAGCUCGCUGGUGGAUUGGACCAGCCUUGGAAAUGAGGCUGCUGCGUUCAACAGGGCCUGGAGAGUGAAGACAGCUCCGCCUGUACACCUGUGCCCAUCAGACCUGGCUGAGUCCAAGAACCUGAGGGAACCCCGACGAUGGACCGGUGAAGUGGGUGUUGUGCUGAAGCAGCCAGAGGUCGCAGCAGAUGAAUGUCCCCUUGGAGCAUUUACAGCUGCUGUGAUGGAUUUGAUAUGUGCCUCAAACUGCCGGCCCGAACACGCCGUAAGUCAGCAACUCUGGAGCCGAGCUUUACGUUUUCACAGGAGCGAGACCGGCGAGACCUUUGCAAAUGUGCCGAGUAGCACAGGUGCUGCGUGGCUGUUUGGAACCUCUGCUUGGCCAGUGGCCCAGCUCCUCAGCAAGUGGGCAUCGAACUGCACCCAGCGAUUGCCCAAAGAUCCCAGAGCUGCCCCAUGUUCUCACCAGCCUCUCCUCGCUUUUCGAACAGCUCUGCACAGGAUGGCAGAUGCAACACUGGCAAAUGUCUUGGAAGCGUCUGGGCCAAAGGCCCUUAUUUUUGAUGCGCGACUGGACCACUUCGCCAGCGCUUCCCUUCAAGUUCUCCGUGAGUUGGCCCAGUCCACGCGUGGCCAUCAGCGCUUUUCUGAAUACAGCGAAAGAAGAUUUCCGCACUGCAGCGUUGAAGUGGCAACAAAGGAAGUGCUGCUGUUGUACCUCAGACUCCUUGGGCCAACUGUCCCAGCAGUUGCAGAUCCAUUGGGGCAGAUGCGAACAGAAAGUUUGUCCACACUAUUGGCAUCCAUACCAAUGGUGAAGCUUCUUGCAGGCGGUUGGCCACUCUUUGCCAUGCUGGCUGCAUCAGGUUUGACCACCUGGAGAUCCCACCACUUGUAUCCGAACGCACAAGUGCAGGUGUCGGAUGUCACCAAUGUCUUGAAGGUGGCAAACGAGAUGGAUCCACGGGUUUCCGACCUUACCAGGGCUGGGUCCAGCCAUGUGCAUAGAAAGUUGUGGCACCGUCUUGCCUCCAAUGAAUUGCCAUCCCUACAGCCAAUUUGGCCGCGGAUAUCCAAAUGGCUCCUGCAAGCACCAGAGGGUACUCCACCAGUCGUCUUCAUGACAAUGAUGUGGGGAUCUAUGGGAAAUCAGACGUGGACAGCAAGAUUCUUGGACCGAGCCAUGGUGGUAGGCAUCCCACGUUUCAUUUUCAUCAGCCCGGACGGGAACCUCCUGGAGGACUGUGAGGAGGUGGCUCAAAGCCAUGGUCGGAAGGACAGCUACAAGCGACUGCUUUGCGUCAGAUCUUUCUCCAGGUUUAUGCGCCCAUAUGACGUGAACAACUACGCAAAGUUUGUGUUACUUCCUCUUUUGCUCGCGCUUGGCAUGAACUACGCAUGGUUGGAUAUCGACAUUUUUGUGGUGCAGAAUCCCACCAGUCGACUGCUGCAACUUGCAGAUGUUCUUUCAGCAGAUGUCCUCACAACAGAUCACUUUGAUGAGAGCUGCUUGAAUCAUGGAGUGAUUUUUGUGAAGGCAUCCGAUCGAACACUGCAUUGGAUCUUGAGAUAUAUCCGAUGGAUGCAUGUGAACCCUUUUGGACAUGACCAAAAUGGCUGGGAUGCCCUGCUGAAGCACUCCAUCUUGAACGAGCCCUUCACCCCACCCGAGCCGAACGUGAGCCUUCAAAUUCUGGACACUGGCCUUGAGUUCCUUACUCUAACAGGUUGGGCUGGAAGCACCGCUGAUCUCACCCAAGCGCUGUUGCUGCAUCUCACGCGGACCACGCCCAUCGAUGGGCACGAGAAGCGUAGCACCUUUUUCACUUUGCUGGAUGCCACUUUGACGAGCACCUCUCGCGAAGAUGAUUUGCAGGUGCUUCAUAGUGUGAUUAAUGCCAUUCGCAAAGACGUGCCACAGACAAAGCGACCAUGCUAUGAGGGAGUGCAUGUUGCUGUGGAACCACUGGUUCAUGAUGGUACAUACUGGCUUUUGUUCAAGUGACGCGGAAAA